UUUUUUUAAGUUUCCUCCUUCCUUUUUUUUUUUUUUUGAUAAUAAUAAUAAAUUAUGUCUCAAGAAAGUGUAAAAAGAGUGAUUAAUAGUACCAACGUAAAUACGGUGAUAGAACGUGCAUUAAGCAUAACAGAUACGACAAUUAAUAGUUUUGGAGCAUCAAAAGUAUCAGAUUCAAUAUCACCAUUUUUACCAUUAAUAACAGAAGUAUCAAGGUUAACAUCAGAUAUAAUUAAUAUUUAUCAAACAGCAGAACAUAAUAAAAGGAUAUGUGGAUCAUUAUUAUCAAGAACUACAGCCGCAGAAACCGCCGUAAAAAAUUUAGAAAUACGUAGAUUAGAAAAUGAAUCAUUAUUUAAAUCAAAAGAAUAUUAUAAAAAUUUUCAAAGAUUAGUUAUUAUAGUAGGUAAAAUAAAAAAAUUUAUUGAAGAAAUUUCUCAAAUUAAAGGUUUAAGAAGAUUUUUAGCUGCUAAUAGUAUAGAAAAAGAUUUUUUUGAUUUAACUAAUGAAUUUGAAGGUUUAAUGAGAAUUUUAAAUUUUUCUAUUGCUGUUACUAAUCAAAUUCAAAUGGAAGAAGAUAAAAAAAUUUUGAGUCAUGAUAUUAAGGAAAUGAAUAAGUAUAUACAUGAUAUUGAAGGAGGUAUUGCUAAUGAAGUAUCAGGAAUUAAUGCUAAAUUAGAUGAUAUUACACAAUGGAAUUUAGCAUGGCAAAAAAAAUUACUUUCAAAAAAUGAGGAUAUCAUAGCUGAUGCAACUAUUCCAAUGAAUGAAUUUUCUGAUCCAUCUGAAAUGGUUAAACGUGGUAAUAAAGUAAUUAAAAAAUUACGUAAAGGGGAAGAAGUAGCAUUAAAGAAAAGAAUUUUUGAUAAAGAAGAAAAGAAACAAAUUAAUGAUAUAUUGAGUCAAGUAACUAUAUUAAAAAAACUUAAAGAAUCAAAAUAUAUAGUAAAAUUUUAUGGAUUUGUUAAUGAGGAAGAAAUAAUGUAUAUGGUAACUGAAUGGUUUGAAUAUGGUAAUCUUAAAGAAUAUUAUACAGAUUAUGGACCACUUGGUUGGCUUGAAAAAUCUCAAAUUGCUAUUGAUAUUUCUCGUGGAUUAACUUUUUUACAUACCGUAUCCAUAUUACAUCACGAUAUACGUUCAGAAAAUAUUUUAAUAACUCGUCAUCGUUGUGCUAAAUUAGCUAAUUUUACUUUAAGUCGUGGAUUUAGAGAUUUUAGUACUCAUGUUAAAGCAACUAUUGAUAAUGUAAGAUGGAUGGCUCCUGAAAAAUUAAAGGAUCAUAAUAAUCCUUAUACUGCAAAAUGUGAAAUUUAUAGUUUUGGUAUGGUAUUAUGGGAAAUUGCUGAAGGAAAAUUACCAUUUCAAAGGGAAAAUGAUAUAGUACAAAUAAGAAAUCUUGUAGUUAAUCAAAAAUAUAGACCAUCAUUCAGUCUUGGUGUACCUAAUGAAUGGGUUAAAAUUGCAUAUCAAGCUAUGCAAGAUAGUCCAAGCGCAAGACCUUCUUUAAAAGACAUAUUUAUGACAUUAAAUGAUGUUUAUCAAAUUCAUAAACCAAAGAAAACUCCGACUUCUUCCCCAAUUUGUAGUCCUUCUCAAUCAGAUUUACCAGAUCCUGAUGAUUUAGAAUUAUCUUUAGAUUUAAGUGUAAUUGAUAUUGAUACAUUGAGUAUUAAAGAAGCUAUUGCAGAACAUAAGAAGAAUGGAGAUAGAUUAAAAGCAUGGAAAGCCUUUUGUCAACACUCUGAACUUGAUGAUAUGCUUGCCAAAUAUUGGAAAGGAUAUUAUUUAUAUUAUGAUUUAUGUCCAAUAGAAGAUCCUGAAGAUAAAAAUGCAAAACAAUUAAGAGUUAAACAAUCUGUAGAAUAUUUUAAAGAAGCAGCAGAUUUUGGUUUAGCAGAUGCUCAAUUGAGAUAUGGACAUUGUUUAUGGUCAGGUGAAGCCAUUAAAAGGGAUAUUAAAGAAUCCAUAAGAUAUUUUCAAAUGUCAGCCGAUAAUGGUAAUCAUACUGCUAUGUAUAAUAUUGGUAAUAUAUUAUAUAAUGGUAUUGGUGCUAAUAAAGAUGAAGAGAAAGGUAGUAAUUAUCUUAGGUUAGCCGCUUUAUCGGGUCAACCUAAAGCUAUUGCUAUGUGUAAAACUAAAGGUAUUAAAUUAGCUUGAAAAUGCAAUUAAGAAGCGAAUAGGUAAGAUUUAUAUAUUGAUUGAUUAAAAUUAUAUUAUAUUAUAUCGAAUACAGUAUAUCAAAUAUAUAAAAGUUAUUAUAUUAAGUUUUUAGACAUAUAUUGUAUAUUCUCUUUUGUUAUAUAGAUUUGAUUUUCAUUGACAAUAAACUGAGUUAAAACAAGUAGUAAAUUACUCCAUAAGUUGUGAUGUUUAAUUAUCAGUAAAAUUGCCUACGUUAGAACAACCGUUCCACUUCAUUCAUGCACUCGCUAAUAUUACAAAUUUAUAAUAAAAUGAAAUAUGUACACUACUUCGUAAUAUUAAAAAUAA